AUGUUGGUUCUGCCCAUAGAUCACGUUGGCGCCUACAGCAUGCAAGCUGAAUCCAGCCAUUUGGCUCUCUUAAAAUCCUAUGACAUGAUUAAAUACUUGAACCUCCAAGAGGUUUCCACAAAAACACAGAAGGUAGAUUUCCCCAGCAUAGACAUGUUAAAGAAAGCCACAGAACAGCCCUUCAACAAGGAGGUUUGCAGUAACGUAGCCAUAGCUGCAGAAACCCAAGACAGUGCUGCAGCCAGCAAAGCCUGCAACAACGGAGACUACAGCUACGCCAGCCCCUACCCCCAGUACAGCGGGGCUUACAACCGCGUACAGAGCCCCCCCAGCCAGCCAGGUGAGAGCCGGGGGCGUGCGGGGAGCUUCCGCGGCCGUGGGGAGCGUGGGAGAGUGAAAAUUUGGUUUCAGAAUAAAAGAUCCAAGAUCAAGAAGAUCAUGAAGAACGGGGAGAUGCCCCCGGAGCACAGCCCCAGCUCCAGCGACCCCAUGGCCUGCAACUCUCCACAGUCACCUGCAGUUUGGGAACCUCAGGGCUCGUCCCGCUCCCUCAGCCACCAUGCCCACGCACACGCUCACCCUCCAAACUCCAACCCGUCCCCUGCAUCCAGCUACCUGGAGAGCUCCGCUUCCUGGUACCCCGCCGCCAACUCCAUCAACUCCCACCUCCAACCCCACGGCUCCCUACAGCACCCGUUAGCGCUGGCCUCUGGGACAAUUUAUUAG